GUUGUGCUCAACAGUUGCUCAUAGAGACGCCUGAAACUCCAAAAAAAUGAUAAUGGAGAGGUUGAGAGCUACACGUCGUCUCCUUAAUUACACACCCAAGUCUCUCUUUGCUUCUCGAUCGCAUCCGAAUUCUUCCGAGCAGUCAAUCUGUCGUUCUGCCUCCGGUUUUGCGCAUUGGGGUCGAUAUUAUGAGCAUCAAAAGCGGAGAUUCGGAGGAACUGUUUGGGCUCCUUUGGGAGUCCUUGGAAAGGCGAGCAGAAUCCAGUGUAGAUACUUUGGUUCAGUGGCAGAGACGAUUCAGAGGGACCCAUCAUUUUCAAAGUUAAAUUCUGACGACAUCAGCUAUUUUAAGGGAAUAUUGGGCGAGAAAAAUGUGAUUCAGGACGAAGACAGGCUUGCGUUUGCAAACACGGACUGGAUGCGGAAAUACAAGGGCUCCAGUAAGCUUCUGCUACUACCGAGGAGCACUGAGGAGGUCAGUCGGGUUCUUAAAUACUGUAAUUCCAGACGCUUGGCUGUUGUUCCUCAAGGUGGAAAUACUGGCCUUGUGGGUGGAAGUGUUCCUGUUUUUGAUGAAGUGAUUAUCAACAUGAGUUCAAUGAAUAACAUCAUAUCUUUUGACAAGGUCAGUGGUAUAUUGGUAUGUGAAGCAGGAUGCAUUUUGGAAAAUCUGGUUUCUUUUCUGGACAACCAGGGAUUCAUUAUGCCACUCGACUUAGGUGCAAAAGGAAGCUGCCAGAUUGGUGGAAAUGUUUCAACAAAUGCUGGUGGUUUGCGUCUCGUCCGGUAUGGAUCUCUUCACGGAAAUGUACUUGGUAUUGAAGCUGUUUUAGCAAAUGGUGAUGUGCUUGACAUGCUUGGGACUCUUAGGAAAGAUAAUACUGGGUAUGACUUAAAGCAUUUGUUUAUAGGAAGUGAAGGAUCCUUGGGUAUUGUAACUAAGGUUUCCAUUCUUUCCCCUCCAAAGCUAUCUUCAGUGAAUGUAGCUUUUCUUGCUUGUAAAGACUAUAUCAGCUGCCAGAAACUUCUAUUGGAAGCAAAGAGGAGACUUGGAGAAAUUCUAUCUGCCUUUGAGUUUUUGGAUAACGAGUCACUGGAUCUGGUUCUGAAUCAUUUAGAAGGUGUUAGGAAUCCAUUACCUCCCUCAAUGCACAACUUCUAUGUUCUCAUUGAGACAACGGGCAGUAAUGAAUCUUAUGACAAAGAGACGCUUGAAGCUUUCCUACUUCACUCAAUGGAAGGUGGUUUGAUUUCUGAUGGUGUUCUUGCACAAGAUAUAAACCAGGCUUCAUCGUUUUGGCGUAUACGUGAGGGUGUACCAGAGGCACUCAUGAAAGCAGGAGCUGUUUACAAAUAUGAUUUUUCGUUACCUGUUGAAAAGAUGUACAAUCUUGUUGAGGAAAUGCGGAUAAAACUUGGUAAUUCAGCUAAAGUAAUUGGAUAUGGCCACCUUGGAGAUGGAAAUUUGCAUCUUAAUGUUUCAACUCCACAGUAUGAUGAUAUGAUUUUAGCACAAAUUGAACCCUUUGUCUAUGAAUGGACAUCUAAGCACCGUGGGAGUAUUAG